GCAGGGAACCCCCGCGAAGGUGAGUUCGGGCGCCAACAUGGCCGACUUGCCUGCUGGUGUGAGUGAACUGGAGGUUGAGGUAGAAACGAUGAUCGAACCACAACAAGAUGUCCAAAUCGAGACCCAGCCUAUGAUAGCCCUACAACCACUCUCCGAGCCAGAGAGGGAAGAAGUCGUUGUGCAAACUACAGAAGAAGUUAUCGAAGAGUCAAAAUCGAGUAUCGUACAUGACGAAGUCUCUGUCUCCACAACUCCGCCAACAAAACACCGCAAAGGCAGAACAGGGAGAAGUAAAGGACUUGGAAGAUCCGGAAAAGGCCACGGAGGAGGUGGGUCCUAUGGAUCUGGCACUGCCGCUAACAGUGAUAGAGAUGGCGAUGCUGAACGCACAGGUACGCGAAAAUGGGAACAAAAGCAAGUUCAAAUAAAGACGCUCGAAGGCGAAUUUGCCGUGAGGAUGUGGUCCUCGGAGGAGAAAAAAGCCGAACAAGAAGAUCUAGAAAGCAACUCAGAUCUAAGCGAGUACUUGACCGGUAAAAAAAUCCCUCCUGGUGGCUUGCCUGGCAUAGAUCUCAGCGAUCCGAAACAGUUAGCUGAGUUUGCGAGAAUGAGACCAAAGAAAGUAAAAGAAGAGGACACACAAAGAACAAUUGCAUGUCCACACAAGGGUUGUACAAAAAUGUUUAGAGAUAAUUCAGCGAUGAGGAAGCAUCUUCAUACACACGGCCCUAGAGUACAUGUGUGUGCAGAAUGUGGCAAGGCAUUUGUAGAGAGUUCGAAACUGAAAAGACAUCAGCUGGUUCAUACGGGAGAGAAGCCCUUCCAGUGUACUUUUGAAGGAUGUGGAAAGAGGUUCUCAUUAGAUUUCAACCUGCGCACCCAUGUGCGUAUACACACAGGAGACAGGCCGUACGUCUGUCCGUUCGAUGCAUGUAACAAGAGAUUUGCACAGUCUACAAACCUGAAAUCACAUAUUCUAACCCAUGCCAAAGGUGGCAAGUCUUGAACUGUUGAUAGAAUCUUCGCUCAAACCAAGUGCAGAGCAAAGGAAUCUCUCCUUAGGAUUCCAGUGCUCUUCGAUUGUAACAUAAUCACAGUCUAUCUAGGCUGUACUGUGGAUAUAGUUAUCUGCAGUAAGGACUGGAAAGGGAAUGUAUAUAUUUGUAGAAAAGACAACUCCUCAUUCGAGUAAGAGAGAAUUUGGAAAAAAACAGCGGAACCAGUGCCGUGGACCGAGCCAGUCAUGCUCCUGUUACACUCUUGCUAUUAGUGUUUAGUAAAUUAACCAGUCCUUGAAGCCUUAAACUGAUUUUCCAUCUUGGACAAAAAGUAGAUCCCCUCCCAUAAUUCUAUGAUUUUUAUUUUAUUAACUUAGCUUUAUUUUUGGUGAAGAUCUUAACCUUGCCUCUUUUCAUUUUAACAAACACUACACACACUAUAUAACUGAUAAUGACUGAAGCGCCAGAUUGUUCUUAUUGGUCCAGAUUGUUCUGAUUGGUCCAGAUUGUUCUGAUUGGUCGGAUGGGUUAGCCUUGUGUAGCAGAUAGAGAAAAGUCUUCUGGACCCUUGUGUUCAGCUGAAGUUUGUCAUAGUGUGCUCAGCAAAUAGCCACUGGGUCAGAAAGGACGAUGUCUGAGUUGUUUUCUGUUAACAUUCCACACCACUACAUAAUUUUUGGGACUUUUCCCUAAAAUAUGGCUCCCCAUAAUAGAUAAUACUCUGAACCAAAAGGAAGUACCUAAGCAUUUUAUUAUAAGUUAUUAUACUCUUUGAAUUAAAGAGUAAGAAGUUUUAAGGCAAGACUACCCCCAUUUCAAGACUUUUAUGCAUUGGCAGAUGGCGACCUAGGCCUGGAAGUAUCAUAUUUUAAGCUUUUGAAAAAAAAAUGUCACAAUGAUUCUCUUGUAGAAAGAUAAUAAAAGUUAUUUGUGUCA